GCGUCACAAAUUCCAAACAGAGUUAUAGUAGUUUCACUUACACAGCAGGUUGUUCCUCCAAUUCCAAAAUGAAUUCAGAAAAAUCCACAGCUGUCAUGAGAAACGAGCUGCAAUCUACACAAUCCGGUGAACAUGGCACAGAGGGCCACAUCUCCCAGAUCCCCGGACUGUCCCCAUCCACCAGCAGUCUCCCUGAGACAAGGGUCCGAGGGAGGAGGGCAGGAGUCUUUGACAGUGAUUCUGACUACAUCAAGCUUGCAAAACAAGGAGGGCAUAGAGAACUUUUGUGGCAUGAGAACACAAUUAGUUCUACGACCAAAUCAUACAAACCUCCAGACUGGUUCACUCCAUCCAGAGACAGUGGAAACCAAAGCCUAAUUAAUGGUGCAGAGAAGAAAAACCCUGGAGCUUUUCAACCGUUAGAGCCCCCCUUUGGGACUGACAAUAUGUCAGCCUGGGAGAGGGAUGAUAACAGCAACAAAGAGAAGAACAACAAUGUUCUCGACAGCCAGAUGGAGGAAUCCACUCACCAUCAGAAUUUGCUGGUCCCCCAUCAGACCAGCAAAUUCAAGAGGAUGGUUUUCGACAAGAAACCAUCUCCUGUCAAUAUGUCUAAGCUGCUGAGCUUUGGUUAUUUAGAAGACAAACCAGCAAAAGCCACCACUGAUUUUUCAAAUUAGAUGACUGCCAGUGCGUGGGAAAAGGAUGUUCAUGCUCAAACAGUUGCAGCCUCCUUCCAACCUAUUCUCUUAACAACACAGAGUUUUUUUUGUACUCCAUGCUGAGCCACAUCGAGUUCUUAUUGUUCUAUUAUGUCAGCGGUUUGACUUAAGUGUGAAAGUUCUUUAUUGAAUUAAAGCUGAAACAUUUUAUUUAUUUACAAGUAACGAAGGCAUCUUAUGUUACUUUUUUUGCAGUGUAUGUAACUCUUUAAAAACAGCUUUAAGUUAUGUAAUUUUAACUGUUUCAAUAGAAAAAAAAUGUUAUAAUAUUAUGCAAUCUUUAAUAUUUUUUUGUAUUAAAAGCUGCUUUUGUUUCCCUCAGACUGUGAUGAAUUUGAAUCGUUUUCUGCUUAAAACUGUAACAUUAAAGCAAAUAACUUUAUAAAUAAAUACAUUUAUGUAAAUGCUCUUUAAGCAAAUGAUACAAUGCUCAAUAAAUAAUAAAUAAAACAA